AUGGACCUUAAUUUCCUGAAAGCGUUGCGAAGAGAAUGGGUGACUGGUUUCAACUGGGAAACAGAACAAGAUUCGAUGAAUCGGUUCAAUUACUACAAAACUCCGAUUGAAGACCUAAGCAUUCACUUCGUCUUCGAGAAGUCUGCUGCGCCAAACGCCAUACCGCUGCUUCUGGUCAAUGGCUUGCCAGGAUCUUCUCUGGAAUUUGCUCCGAUCAUCAACCAAUUGACCAAAGAAGCGACGGCCUCUUUAGGAAAGUCUGUGUCAUUUGAUGUUAUCAUACCUUCCCUCCCUGGUUUUGCUUUCUCAUCCCCUCCUCCGCUCAAUUGGACGAUUACAGAUACAGCUCGUAUAUUAAACACGAUGAUGGUAGAUAUCCUGGGAUAUGAAAUCUACGCAAUACACGGAAUGGACUGGGGAAGCGCUGUUUCCUAUAAUAUGUACGACAAAUUUAACGAAACCAUCGGUGUGACCCCAGGGGAACUUGCCACUGGGAAUCUCACACUCUCCGAAGCGGAGCAGGUUGAAGAGCAAAAUGUGAUGAACUGGGCUAACACGGGUAACGGAUACUUUAUUGAGCAAACUACGAAGGCAAGCAAGAUCCACAUCGUUGUGAAUUAA